UUUCCAAUCACUUAGUUCCUGCUAGUUCGCCACUUCGUCGAGAGCGUAGCAUGUGCCCACCAGUCCACAGCCACGUACACGUCUACCUGCCGCACCAUCAGCCCCACAAUAAACUCGUCUCGUACGGCUACCGUUAGGGUCGCCGUUUCCGAUUGACCAUCGUGUGCCAUUCGAGCCUCUCGGGGCUGGCUGUGCGUCGUUGAUUGAUUAAUACUGUGAUAUUAUGAUCUUUUCCUGGAUAUUCUAGUGUAACAUACGCUCGCGGUUUGUGAGGUGUCUAACGACGUGUGUGUGACCACGCGACUCUAAUAUCUUCGGGACAUUACGCGGGAAGAUACGCUUCGGGAUUGGCAGACGUUUUCAGAAAGAGAGAGAGAGAGAGAGAGAGAGAGAGAGAAAGAGAUUAAAUCAGUCAAACGGAAGGAGGAGAGAGUACAUUUUGGAAGUGGAAAAGAGAGAAAAGAGAGAGCGCAUAAGCUGGAUUGAGGAAAGCCAAGAGAAAAAAGAAGAGGAAAAUUUUGCAGGCAUCAUAAAGAAAGAACGAGAAAGUUGUACGGAGCAAUAAAGAGAGACGGACGUAGGUGCGUUUCGAGUGUCAGGCUUCAAGGGGAGGAACGGAACGUUUCUUCAGCGGUUGAGAAAGAUGAGCUGCAGCAGCGCACCGGUGACCACCAGCAAGACUUGCGAGACUCUCAUAAGCAAAUGCGAGAUACCAAUCAUCGACCUCGCUCAUAUGGGUACCGAAAGGUGUCCACAAAAGGGCGUCGUCAAACAAGUUGGUUCGAAAUUGGUACGAGCCCUCUCCGAGAAGGGAUUGGCUCUUCUGGUGAAUCAUGGAAUUCCCGACUGCAAGAUGAAGGCGGUCUACAGGGCCCUGGACUCCUUUUGCGAGCUACCGGAAGAGGAGCGUGCCAAGUAUAAGCGGACAUUGCCAUCGAAUCACGGCUACGUAAGGCCUGGACUCGAGGAGUUCUCUAAGGAGGACGACGAGGAGGCGCGACAUACUUUCAAUGUGACCGGAAGCGGUGGUGUGCUCCCGGAAGCGGAGGUGCCCGGGUUCAGGUCGGCUGUCGACGAACUUGCCCGGGACUUCAAACAAUUAUCGGCCAUGUUGCUCACUGCCCUCGCAGUGGGACUGAACAAAUCACAGGACUUCCUGCUUUCGAAGCACAGUCAGAUGUUGGGCCAGGAUAACGUUUCCACUCUAAGACUUCUCUAUUAUCCGCCUUUGGGUGUCCCGGUGCCUGGAUUAUCACGCUGCGGAGCGCACCAAGACUACGGGACAUUUACUUUGCUAGCUCAGGAUUGCGAGGGUGGACUCGAGGUUCAGACGCCACACGGUGAACGCUGGGGACGUGUGGGACAUUUGCCAGGAGCCAUUUUGGUGAACACCGGUGAUAUCCUGGCCUGCUGGACAAACGAUCAACUGCCGGCGCUGCGUCAUCGUGUUGUCGUGCCCGAGCAUUGUGGCCGUGGACGACACUCCAUUGCUUUCUUCGUUCAUCCCGAUAACGAAAUUCUGAUAGAGCCCAUCGAUACAAAGCUGAUACAGUUAACCGGACAGGAAGCGGCGGCGGCAGCGGCGACGGCGACGGCGAUAACGGCACCAUGCCGUCUUCAGAAGAAGAAACGUGGCGUUCUCACGGCAUAUCAACAUCUUCAGCGUCGAUUUCGGGAGACCUAUGCGUCAUAAUCGCGCAAUCCACCUUGCUUGCUUUACGUGCAGUCGUCGGAUCAUUCGAUAUUGCAAUGCUCGGUGCGAUAUGGCCUACAAAUACGAGAGAAUAUCUGUACUUUAGCACCUACCACGGAUUAGAAUAUACAUAUAGGCAUUUGACAAUUCUUUUGUAUUUCUGCUCUUUUCGAAUUUAUUCGAGCAAUUUUCUUCGCUCAACUUUUUCAAGAAUUUUAAUAGACGAUGCGAUACGUCCCGCAGUUCAAUUCGAGUAUAUAUCUCUUUUUAUGAGCAUCAUUAUAGAAAUUAUUAACAACAACAAACGUAACCGCCUGAAGAAGGUAGUUCUGCAAUAGAGUUGAAAGGCUUGUGAAGCGUAAUGCUUUAUAUACUAUGAUGGCAUGCACAAGUAUUUGUUGCGGAUGUUCUAUAGAUAUAGAAAUAUAAAUUCUUAUUUACGCGACAUUUGAAUAUAUACAUUGCGGUGGUGCAUUCGAGGCCAUAUCGUGUAAGUAGGCUUGUUGUACAGCUUAUUAUUUGAGGCCAUUUUGUAAUUGUUAUAUUAAUAGACAAUUGGUUUUGUGUGGGUGAACGUAACAAAAUAAGAGUUGGAAUUUUGGAAAGAGAAGAAAAAAGGAUGUACGGGUCGAUAGGUGGACGCGACCUAGAUGGUUGCGUUAUUCUGUUCGAAACAAACGAUUGCGCGUGUUGUUUUACGUAGAGCAAAUUGUUACUGUGAAACAAAAAUUAUGUAAAGAACUUGUCACCCAAUCUGACGAAUAUUCGUUAAGUAUCACCACAAGUAUUAUUUUGGCCUUUGUAUUUAAUUCGUGACGAAUGCGAAAGCUUAAUAUAACUCUCUGUGUCUCUCGAAACUGUGCUGUACUACGUGCAUAACGGAGGGAGGCAGGGAGGAUGAGUGUACGCGCAUGCGCGUGUGUAUGAGUGUCUAUGCAUUUUUGCGGACGUGAAAUCACGAGCAACAAUACACAAAUUUGUACUUAA